GCUGGAGGAUGAUGAAUACAUGAGGAGAGAGGCUCCGAGCCUGCUCUUGUGCUGCGGGAGUGUCUCUUCCUCCCUCUCUCCCCCUCGCCCCGUUCCCGUGUGGGUGUGUUUGGCUCCCCGGCUGCCUGUGCGUGCACACCGUGUAGAUAUAUCCGAGCGGGGAGGUUAUUGCCAGCUUCCCUCGGCAGCGCUGCGCUGGGCAGGAAGGAGGGCUCAGCUGCAGUGGGAGCAUCAACAGCAGCAUUAGCAGCACCAACAGCUUUUUCGCCGUUCUCCCUUCCUUUCAUCUCCAUCUCCCUUCCCUCCCUUCCCCACGCCCCCACCCCCCACGUCUUUUUGGGCAUUGCUUUGUAAAAUUUCUCUUCUACAAUCUUUGUUAUUUGAUACUUCGUGGCUUUUUUUUUUUUUUUUUUUUUUUUUUAUCUCCACCCUGAGAAGGAGGCAUAGACACGCACACACACAAACACAGAGAAAUAAGAGAAAGAAAAGUACCGGGACUUAUCCUGCUGCUGCAAACCCAGAGAUAGCAGACGAAGAGGGGUUUGGCUUCUACCCCAAGGUAAAGCCCAACCCCCUUUACCUCCUCACCACCUCCUCCGAGAAAGAGAGAGAGAAGGAGCCAAAGUGGAGAAAAGCAGGUCUUCUGCGGCUGGCCUUUGGAGUACAGGGAGCCGGGGAGUGAAGGAUGGUUGUGGCUACCCGAGCUGGCUGCAGGGCAGCUCUCUUCCUCUGGAUUUUCAGCAGCAUGAGCUGCAGAGCCAGGACUGCUCUGCCUGCAUCUCAAAAGUGUGAUGAACCUCUGGUCUCAGCACUACCCCACUCCUCCUUCAGCAGUUCAUCAGCUAUGACAAGCAGUUACGUGCCAGGGUAUGCCAAGUUAAACAAGAGAGGAGUUGCAGGAGGUUGGUCUCCAUCAGACAGCGAUCAUUACCAGUGGCUGCAGGUGGAUUUUGGGAGCAGGAAGCAGAUCAGUGCUGUUGCGACUCAAGGCAGGUACAGCAGCUCUGACUGGGUCACUCAGUAUCGGAUGCUCUAUAGCGAUACAGGGAGAAACUGGAAACCGUACCACCAAGAUGGAAAUAUCUGGGCAUUUCCUGGAAAUACAAACUCUGAUAGUGUCGUCCGGCAUGAUUUACAACAUCCAGUUAUUGCUCGUUAUAUACGGAUAGUUCCUUUAGACUGGAAUGGAGAGGGCCAAAUUGGAUUAAGAAUUGAAGUCUAUGGCUGCUCCUAUUGGGCUGAUGUUAUCAAUUUUGAUGGCCAUGUAGUGUUACCAUACAGAUUCAGAAACAAGAAAAUGAAAACACUGAAAGAUGUAAUUUCUCUGAAAUUUAAGACCUCUGAAAGCGAAGGUGUAAUCUUCCAUGGAGAAGGACAGCAAGGAGACUAUAUCACCUUGGAACUGAAGAAAGCCAAACUUGUUCUAAAUUUAAAUUUAGGCAGCAACCAGCUUGGCUCUAUUUAUGGCCACACGUCUGUGAUGACAGGCAGCCUCUUGGAUGAUCACCACUGGCACUCCAUCAUCAUAGAGCGCCACGGGAGAAACAUCAAUCUCACUCUGGACAGACACAUGCAGCACUUCAGAACCAAUGGAGAAUUUGAUUACCUGGACCUGGAUUAUGAGAUAACCUUUGGAGGCAUGCCUUUUUCUGGGAAGCCAAGUUCUAACAGUAGGAAAAAUUUCAAAGGCUGUAUGGAGAGCAUCAACUACAAUGGCAAUAAUAUCACUGACCUUGCCAAGAGGAAGAAAUUGGAGCCUUCUAAUGUGGGAAAUUUAAGUUUUUCUUGUGUGGAGCCACAUACAAUGCCUGUCUUUUUCAAUGCCACCAGUUACCUUGAGGUUCCUGGUCGUCCAAGCCAGGAUUUGUUUUCAGUCAGUUUCCUUUUCCGAACCUGGAACCCCAAUGGACUUCUUGUCUUCAGCAACUUUGCAGAUGACCUGGGAAAUGUUGAGAUUGAUAUAAAUGAGGGCAAAGUCAGUGUCCAUAUCAAUGUCACACAAGUGAAGAAGAACCGAAUAGACAUCUCAUCAGGCUCUGGUCUCAGUGACGGGCAGUGGCAUGAAGUGCGAUUCCUAGCUAAGGAAAAUUUUGCUGUCCUCACCAUUGAUGGCGAUGAAGCUUCAGCUGUUCGAACAAACAGCCCUCUACAAGUUAAGACUGGAGAGAAAUAUUUAUUUGGAGGGUUUCCUAUACAGAUGAAUGACUCGGAUCACUCGCUAUUUCAGCAUUCAUUUCAAGGAUGCAUGCAGUUUAUUCAUGUGGAUGAUCAGCUGGUGGAUUUACACGCAGUGGAGCAAGGCCAGCUGGGAAGCUUUGCCAAUGUCACCAUUGACAUGUGUGCCAUUAUUGACAGAUGCGUGCCCAAUCACUGUGAACACGGUGGCAAAUGCACCCAGACGUGGGACAGCUUCAAGUGCACUUGUGAUGGAACUGGAUACAGUGGCGCCACUUGUCAUAACUCUAUUUAUGAACUCUCUUGUGAAGCAUACAAACACUUGGGCAAAACUUCAAAUUACUACUGGAUAGAUCCAGAUGGCAGUGGGGCACUGGGACCUUUGAAAGUUUACUGCAACAUGACAGAGGAUAAAGUAUGGACAACUGUGUACCAUGAUCUGCAAAUGCAGACUUCUGUGGGAGGCAACAGCCUGGAGAAGUUAUCUGUACUGCAGCUCAACUACAGUGCAACAAUGGACCAAAUUUCUGCCAUUACCAGUAGUGCUGAAUACUGUGAGCAGUUUAUCUCCUAUUCUUGCAAGAUGUCCCGGUUGCUGAAUACACCAGAAGGGAAUCCAUAUACCUGGUGGGUUGGAAAAGCCAAUGAGAAGCACUACUAUUGGGGCGGAUCAGGACCUGGCAUUCAAAAAUGUGCCUGCGGCAUCGAACGCAACUGUACUGAUCCCAAGUACUACUGCAACUGUGAUGCUGAUUACAGACAAUGGAGGAAAGACACUGGGAUGUUGUCAUACAAAGAGCACCUACCAGUGAGUCAGGUAGUGGUUGGAGAUGUUGACCGGCCUGGGUCUGAAGCCAAGAUAUCUGUGGGUCCCGUUCGCUGUCAAGGAGAUCGGAAUUACUGGAAUGCGGCCUCUUUCAUUACUUCAUCAUCUUACCUUCACUUCUCCACCUUCCAAGGGGAAACCAGUGCAGAUAUCUCUUUCUAUUUCAAAACAUCAGCCUCGGAUGGGGUGUUUCUUGAGAAUCUGGGGAAUACUGACUUCAUCAAACUGGAGCUGAAAUCUGCUACAGAGGUUUCAUUUUCAUUUGAUGUUGGAAAUGGGCCAGUGGAAAUCAUCGUUAGAUCUCCCAACCAGCUCAAUGAUGACCAGUGGCAUCGGGUCAAUGCCGAGAGGAAUGUCAAACAGGCCAGCCUGCAGGUAGACCAGUUACCGCUGGAGGUCCGGAAAGCGCCGACAGAAGGACAUACGCGGCUGGAAUUGUACAGCCAGCUCUAUGUUGGUGCUGCAGGAGGCCAGCGGGGCUUCCUAGGUUGCAUUCGUUCAUUAAGGAUGAACGGCGUGACACUGGACCUGGAAGAGAGAGCAAAAGUCACGCCGGGGGUGAAGCCUGGUUGCUCUGGCCAUUGCACAAGCUAUGGGAUGUACUGCGCAAACGGUGGUAAAUGUGUCGAGAAGUACAAUGGCUACUCCUGUGACUGCUCCAAAACUGCCUAUGAUGGACCAUUUUGCAUUAAAGAUGUAGGAGCAUUUUUUGAAGAGGGAAUGUGGCUUCGUUACAACUUCCACUCCCCAGGGACUAGCAUGAAGGAUUUAGUUAGCCGAACACUUUUGAGUUCUACAGAUCCUGAGACCACAACACCUGACCUCAACUUGAACAAAGAAGAGCUCAGCUUCAGCUUCAGUACCACGAAGUCCCCUUGUGUCUUACUGUACAUCAGCUCCUAUACCCAGGACUUCAUGGCUGUGCUUGUUAAGCCAUCUGGGAAUCUGCAAAUUCGGUACAGCCUAGGAGGCACCAAAGAGCCAUAUAACAUUGACGUUGACCACAGAAACAUGGCUAAUGGACAGCCCCAUACUGUUAACAUCACACGGAACAGACAGGACAUAGUGCUGCAGCUUGAUCACUAUCCUCCAACAAGUUACAGCCUGCCAACAUCAUCUGACAUUCAGUUCAAUUCCCCAAAGGCACUAUUCCUGGGAAAAGUUAUAGAAAUUGGGAAGAUUGACCAAGACAUCUAUAAAUACAACACCCCUGGAUUCACUGGCUGCCUAUCGAGAGUACAGUUCAACCAGAUUGCUCCACUCAAAGCAGCUCUGAGACCUACCAACACCUCCUCUCACGUCCACAUCCAAGGAGAACUUGUGGAAUCCAACUGUGGAGCAUCUCCACUCACCAUCCCACCAAUGUCAGCCGCUACUGAUCCAUGGCACUUAGACUCAGCCAGUGCUGAUUUCCCAUACAACGGUCAAGCUAUAGGAGAUGGAGUUAACAGAAACUCUGCCAUUAUUGGAGGUGUCAUUGCAGUGGUGAUCUUCACCAUCCUCUGCACCUUGGUGUUCCUGAUCCGCUACAUGUUUCGCCACAAGGGAACCUACCACACCAACGAGGCCAAAGGGGCAGAGUCAGCCGAGAGCGCCGAUGCCGCCAUCAUGAACAAUGACCCCAACUUCACGGAGACCAUCGACGAGAGCAAGAAGGAAUGGCUUAUCUAAGCCCAUAGGGACGGGGCCUGGGGUGGGAGAUGAGGUGGGCCAGGGUGGGACUGGGAUGACUCUUGCAGUGGGAAGAGAACACUCUGCGUCAGACGCUUGAGCACAUAUACAGUAAAAAGAUCAGCACAACUGGAGGAGCAAGUGACAGGAAAAUACCACUAAGACUGAAGAAAAAAAAAAUAAGCAUUUAAGAAAAAAAAAACUUUUUAAUAUUUAUUUACAGCAAAUUGCUCCUUCCGUAUCCAAACAACUACAACAAAGAGCAAUUUUGCCGCUUCAGCAUUGGUUAAAAUUUUCAGUAAUACCUGUCUAUUUCUGUGUGUGUUUAGAGGUGUUCUGGAUACCUGUGAUGAGAAAUGGGGUUGGUUUUUUACAUUUUUUAAAAUCUGUUUAAAAUGUGGGUAGUUCUGUCCUGAGAACAAAUGGCAGACCUUUCUUCCUGGCGUUGUGUUCCUUCAUGGCUGGUCACUUCCCCACAGGCUGCCCUCAGCCCCGCACCUUGACCACAUCACCAUUCAUUUUGGUGGCAUUGAAUCAGGGGUUCAGGGCUAGGGGUGGGACAAGGGGGUGAGGAUUAAUGCAAGACUUACUCGCCAAUUUUUCAGUGUGUCAUCAGCCCCUGCCAACCCUGCCAGGAUCCAUCUUUUUGAUCCAGGCUCUUUGUUGAUUACAUACAAUUCUCAUCAGCAAUGUAAAGAUACUGUUAUUACAACUACUACUACUAAUACCAGAGAGGAUGAUCAUAAAGCACAGAAAGCUUUCGGGAGCUUUUCAUUGUUACUAUUUUGUUGGUCUCUGAGGGAGGAUGAUGCUGUGUGAGUAUGUAGACUUAGUCUGUUCCUUUGUCUUUGGCUAUGGCCCUGGUGACCUGAGGCACGUGCCAGUUUAAACUCGGCUCUGCCUGUGGCAUAUUGGCAUAUACUGUGCUUAGGUGUAAGCAUUGUAGUAGGGAAUUAGAGCCAGACUUUGUUUGCUUCUGUUUCUUUUUUAUAGACUGUCGCAGAAAUAUUAGUACGGCUCUAGUCAGUGCAUUUGACGCCACGGGCUUCACGUAAUACAUUUUUUUCCAACUCUAGCAUAGCAAUGUAUUCUUUAAAUCCUUUAUUUCAGUCCAUUUGCAAGGAAAACCUCUGCUGGCAGUGUUUGCACAGACAGGAAGGUGAGGGAGGCUUGGAAACUCUGCCCAGAGAGCACGUGAGAAACUGCCCAGAGUGCACAGUGGAGAGUUACUUUUCAAUACAGAGAUUUACCUGAACUAUUUUGCUGUCUUUUUAUGGCAUUUUUAAGUAUAGCAAGGCCUGUGCCAAGUGCAGCAUGGCACCCCAUGUCCCCUCUCAGACCAGGGAAGUUGUAGGUGUCACCUGAGAAGCAGGCAGGCAGUUUGUAGGGAAGGCAUAAGGGCAGACUUAAGACCUAAUAUCCUUUGAUGGCAAUAACAUAGCUUUAGCUCGACCUCUGUAGAGCAGCGUGGUUCUGCAGUUGUCUGAUUUGAUAAGAACAUAAGGCCUUAAUGGGCAGUUUUUGCAGUGGAAAAAAAUGAAGGAAUUAAUGUGUUGCAGGUCAUUUGCUGUGUGCUGAAAGAACAGAAACAAUACCAAGAAUUUCCUCUUAAAAGUAUUUAUGCCUGUGGCAGUCCUAGAUUUGCUUUAUCUUUAAUAUUGCUGGGUUUAGUAUGCACAGAUGUAAUCCCCUUUUUCUGUACAAGAAAGAUUUUUUUUUUCACCCAAAUCUGCCAUAUACUACACUGAGCAGCGCUGGCAUCUUUCAGUAUCUUUAUCUUUUUGGUUGUACCUUUCAUUAUUCUAGUCAAAGCCUUAAAAUGAAAAAAAAAAAACAACAAAACAAACACAAAAACAUGGAGGGGGAAGAAAAUACUGGAGUCUUACCAGACAAGAAAUUUAUAAGCACAAUUUUGUCAGACAGAGAAGGCCAGAUAGGCUUUUAAGGCUGAUAGCCUAAAGUCCUCUUCCAGAUUCAUUGAACAUAGAUAUCAGAGCAAAUCAAGCCCACUGAUUUCUUCUGUUUGUGGAUUUGGAAUUAGCAUACAAAAAAGUUGCCAGUUUAAAAAAAAAAAUAGUUUCUGAGGUAACGUUAUGUGGCAGAGGGGUUCAGGCAGGCAUAACAAUCACCUCUGUCACUCUUGUGCUCUGCAGUCUUUUGCCUUGCCUCCAGUAUUUAAUGUCUUCCUCUCUUGUUUUUAUUUGAGCAGAUGAGUCCUUAUUGCUAUUUAAUUAUGGGUGUAAGGUAAGUCACUACCCCUUGGAGAGUAUCAGCAUGGGAUGGGUCUACCCUGCACCACUAACUAUUCAGCAAAAUACAUAGCAAUCACAGAUAUCUUUGCAGGAUUGAAAAGGCAUUCUCUUUUCUAUAUUAUGUUAUGUUUAAUUUAUUUUAAUGGUAUGUUAGUCCAGUCUGAAAGACAUCAUCCAUAUGAAAAACAUGCAUGCAACUUCGGGUUACCAAGAGCAGUGAAUAAAGCAUCACUUGUAUAGAUUGGGAUUUGGUCUGCAGCAAAAAGUUAUUUACUAAUCUGAAUUUAAUGCCUGGGAGGAGAAUCAGGCUCCUGAGAGACAAGAGUCCUCUGCUGCUUCAUAUGGCAGAGACAGACAGCAGCCACAGUGCAAAUUUGCCAAAUGCCUUAGCAUGGCAGUAGAGGGGAAAGACAGCUCGGUCUCUGUGUCCUUGGCAAAGCUAGGGACAGUUGUCAGGGUUAUGGUAGUGAGACCUAUGACAUCUGUUCACUGAUUUUCUAAAAGAUUACCAGUUAAUCUCCCACAACCCUGUAAGCAAGAAAUUCUGGAAAAUCCCCUUUGAUAAUUGAACAAGCAAUAGUGGUAAAUUAGUGUCUUAAAUUUGAAAAACAGGUUUUAAAUUUCUGAAAUCAAGUUGCAAGCAUCUGCGUCUCUCUACUGACUGGACACCAUGCACCUCUUUAUGUGAAGUUCAUUACUGCUGUGUUAAAAUGUUGAUAAUCUUCAAUCUUGUCAGUAUUUUCAUGAUACAGUCGCUUUCAUAACUCUAAAAACUCUUCUAAUUAUUUGACUUCUUGUUUCUUCUUAAACUGGACCUUAGUCAUGAUGUUGUAGACUAGCAGCUGGUCUCUGUAUAGGAGUUUGGUGACUGUAGGUGAAUUCCUGCACAUCUGCUUUGUAUUUCAUUUUUGAUAAGGGUGUAUGCUUAAUUAUAUGCAGUGGUCAUUCAGCAACCUAACAGUAAAGCAGGAGCAGGCUCAGAGAAGUAACUUGUGUAUUUUGCUAGCACUAGAUGUAUUCUGAGGAUUUCUUCCUCUGUGAGCCUACUGUUGAAGGUUGAAACAUCCAUAGUUUACUUCAACCACUCUUAUCUGUGCCAAAAAUCCAUGUUCUUUAACAGGUACUAUCCAUACACCUGUAGUGGGAAGAUCUGUUGGAGGGGAGAGUGGAUCCUACUUUAUAAAGCUCUGUGCUUUCCGCCAAGAAUAUUAAAAUAAUCAGGCUUUUAUCACCUCUUUUUGGCUGCUUCACCCAUUUGAACUGUGCAGAAAAAUGUAGCUUCUUGUACUGACUGGGGAACCACAGUGUCCCAGUUGCAUUUCUAACAGGCUCACUCCUGAUUCCACAGGAAUCAGUGGCAGAACUGCCGCCGGUGGUGGGGAGAGCAAGACUGGGCUGGAGACUGGGGCUCUCAGUGAAAAAAUGUAAGCAAUAUUUCAGAUCCUCAUUCACAAGACACACAGACCAGCAGGUAAUGAGUCGUGGAGCUCCAGAGAGCCACAAUGGUGGAAAACUAAUUUUGAUGUCAACCCAGCCUCAAGGGGAAAUCUGCAAUCCAAUCUGGCGGUUUUGAACUGAGUCUUUCACACACAGUGUAUUCCAUAUUUACUGAUAGAAAAUUCAGAUGUAUUAAAUAGGAAUAUGUAUCUUUAAUUGGUACUGGAGUAUUACUGCUUUGUAUUUUUUCUUGUCUUAAAUGUUACCUAUACCUUUUAAAUCUUUGAUAGCAAUUACCACUUCAAAGGUACAGCAGCAUUUUAGUAUCAUGCUCCAGACAGCAUGAUGUAUGUGAAAGGAUGGUCAUCAUAAAUAUUUUAGUAAGACUGCCAAAGCAGUGGUGUACAAGUUUAUUGUAGUGAUAAGAAUUCAGUUUAAGAGUCUAGUAAAUGCAUUUUAGUUAAAGCAGUGUCCUUUCAUGGCAGAUGCAUCCAACCUCCAGGGUAUCUGUUGAAAUGUGAAGCUAUCUCAGUUUGACAAGCGAUAGCUUUUAAUAUGGUUUCUCCCUUGAAUGAUUUUACAUUCCAGCAAGCAUGGUGAUCCUGAAGGGGUAUCAUUUCUGAAAAGCAGAACCUAAAUUCUGUUAAUCAGAUUUCAUUAUCCAUCCUAGAGAAAUGAAACAGAAACCCUGGCUUCUAAAAGCAAUGCCAUGUAAACUAGAAUGAAAGAAGGACAAUGUGUAUGUAUGCCUAAUACCUUCUGUGAAAGUCUUUCCUUUUAACUAAAGUUCUAUUAGAAACCAGAUUGGUAAAUAUAUUUUAAAAAAUAAUAAUUAAAAAAAAAAAGUAGAAAAUAAUUCAAAACAGUUUUAAUUACCCUAACAGCUGUUUCCUCAUGCUUUGUGUAUUCUGAUCAAUGUCUAUAUUUUUUCCUUCUCUAGUACGAGGAAAUCAAUUUGGAAAGGACAGAAGUUGGAGAGGCCUCUUAAGAAAAGACCCACAGUACAUGAAAAAAGGGACUUCAGAAUGCAGUUAUACAUAAGAAAAGAGGGUGCUAAAACCAGGGAAGGUUUACUGAAGCGCGAGUAUGUUCCACCUGCAUCAGGCAGCCCUGAUUACCUGUUACAGAAGAGAAUCCCAGGCAGUGUAAAUCUGUACUUGUUGAGGUGGGCUGAGAGUAGGGUUUUGGUAGAAAUGAAGUGACUGCCUUUCUUAGGUUUUUCCCUUUCUGAUCACUUUGUAGACAGCAGCAAGCAGUCUGCCAUCGGUUAUGUUCACGUUUGUUAUUCAGGCUCUGUGGCAUUGCCAGCUUCACAGGAGUUACACAAAAGGUUGUUUGCCUUUCUUUCCUACUGCACCUCUGCCCUUUCCUUUAUGAAUGUGAGCCUUUUAUUGAAGUCAUCAAGAAAAAUGUAUGCCCAUCUCAACAGACAUGUCUGUUCCUUUUAUUAAACUACCUUAUCAGGCUUUAAAAAGUUUUUAUGACGUGAAACAUUUUAUAAAAUAACUAUCUUAAGUGCACUUGAACAGGAGUGUGUGUAAUCUAGGCAAAGCAACAAAUCAGAGCAACAACCACCCAAGUCAGAGGGACUGUGCUUAUCCCAACCUGUUGCUCUGUCUACGAUGUGAGUUGCCUGAACCACCAACCCAAAGCCCUGGCCCCGUCCAAGACCUUAACUUACUUUGUGGAAUAUAAUAGUGGCAAAGUCCUGUUGUGAUGCCUUGUGACCAUGCUUUGACUAUUCAUUUGUACUGACUGUUGAAACCCCUAGAAUGAGAGUCAUGCUUUCUACAGGAAUAUUUUUCAUUUAUACAGGAAAGCUCUAGAAUGAAGAGAUGGAAGUGAAGGUUCAAGUUUAAAGCCUUUCUGAUACUUGUACACUGUGACACUGAGAAGAGUCUUUGCUUCUUGCUGUCACCACGUGAGUCUCACUGCAGCCACAAGUAUGUGGGUGUGCACGUGCACCUCUGAAAUGUAAGGCUAUUUGGGAUGCGAUGGCUACAGCUCUUGGGUAAUUACUGCCGUAAUGUGGGUGGUAAGAUACUAAAUUUGCUUCAAAUCCAUGAGUCUGAAGUGCUAGCAAAAUCACUCACUCCUGAAAUUAAGUGCAAUUUUGGAGAUAAACUCGGACUUUGCCCUACAGGAGUAGGCACAUAUGGUGCCUCAAAUGAGAGCAGAUUUGGCCCUGGUUACCAAAAAGCAUUUAUUUAACAAUCUGUAACACAGUUCUUUUAACACCCUAUUUUACUCUGAGUUUUAUAUAUAAGUAGACUUCUUGAAGCACUGUGCUCAAAACCCUGAUUAUGCCAACAGCUGAAAAACCAGGAAAAGAAGUGGCCAAUUUGUGGCUUCUUUACAAGUUUAUUUAAAAAGUCACUUCAUGUGAAAAAGAAAAGUUUGGUAUCAGCAGGUUCUUUCACAGCUAAGUCUUUCUUUUGACUAGUUGUCUAUUUUCAAAACAUCAUAUGAGAAAAGUUAAAUAAUUAUUCCACAUGAUACAAAGCACAACCAGAACUGCUUCUGUGGAAAGAGGGUAAGACAUACUCUGCAAAUAUACAUAGAAUCAAGUGAAAAAUGUAGGGCAUCCUGUUCCUUCUGUGAUGCAGCACCUUCCAAUAAUGUCUACUUAUGCUCCCAUUGCUGUUUUUUCCCUAAUAGAAAAACAUCUGGAUUAAACAACAAACAUAAGAGAAAAGUGCCUACCAAUUUUAUUACCAUAGAUUAAUAUUCCUGUUUGGUAUGUAAUAAGGCAAUAGGGAAUAGUGAAUGGUUAUUUCUUCAGAGCUCAUGGCAUUAAUCCUGCUGUCUCCAAGGGCCAGAGAUGUACUAUCAUCAUAUUAAUGGUUAGAACAUAGAGUUAUUUAUACUGAUAAAAAAAACUGGCAUUCUGGAUUCUAGCAAAGCGUUGCUCUAAGAAAUUCUUAUUUAUUGAAAACCCACAUCAAGGCCAGUAGAUGACAUUUUCUGACAAGUGAGAAAAGUGAAUUACUGGAAUGACACUAGAGCAGAAACCAUUUGAGUGAACGUUAAGCAUGCUGAACAAUGAACUAUACCAGAAAGAGUUUCUUCUUGUCUUCCAAUUAGGGGCUUGGGGUAGGUACAGUGCUGUGGCUGGUCAUGUAUCACCAUGCGUGCAUUGCCUUUAUGGCCAAAAUAUUUGAGCUUCUCUGGUCUUUUGCGUGCUUUAAAACAGGCUGUUGCAAGAAUACCACUGAAGACAUGAAACUUAAGCAAGCUGCUCUAUGCUGCUGGUGAGAGCACAGGCUCACGAGUCCCAAGCUCUUCUACCUGCUGGUCUGUCCUUGGUUAGAAGACAAUUCUCAAAUGUGUUGCCAUCUGUUCCUGUCUCUUGUCCCCUUUCCCCCAUCUUACAAAAAACACAGCCCAGGUGGGAAGGGACCUCGAAAAACCUUCUGGUCCAAACUGUCAUGGGAAAGGGAGCCUGGAUGAGAUUAUCUAGCAUCCUGUCCAGUUGCAGUUUUUCCCCACUGGCUCCAUUUUCAGAGCAGAAGACUGCAAACAGGUUCUUGUUUAAGACAGACCGGAAGUGUCACCGGAACAAGUCAACAAACUCUUGAAUCGGACAGAAAGCAAUAACUUUAGAUCACUCAUGUCAGGUGAAAGUGGCUUCAUUUGGAAAAUUCACAGCCUCCACAGCUCUCCUACAUUUAGUCGUGGUUCUGGUUAGCAAUGGAGCAACCAGCCAAAUCUAGGCAUUAUUUUUUUAAACUCCUGUGGAGGUAUGCAAGAUAAACAUGGCUGAAUAAAGAUGAGGUAACCAUCCCCUGUAUGCUAAUGUUUAUUCUCUAAACUGUGCAUCCUCAUGCUUACGGUUUGUUUGCCACUGAAGGAGUCUGAGCUUGGCACAGUUAAUAAAUCAUUCACAGAUUGGCCCAACAGCCCUGUACUGCUUUGUCUUAAAAAUCUCCAUUGGGUAGAUGUGUAAAAGUAAGUUAUGGUUUUCCAUCAUAAAGCACUGGACAUAGUAUCUGCAUCUGGCUGUAAUUUAUUUCUAUUAUAAAAUCAAAGUCUGUCUCCAGAGUUUUCUUGUGUGACUUGCAGUAAUGAGACCUUAAUCCCUGAAACAUAAGCUACUGCAACAGGGUGAGGUAGCAUAGAGAAAUUCCCUUUGCUGCACACCCUGAAACACAAUGUUCAAGUCCCUUUUGUUACACAUUUCCUGGUACAGGAGUAGAUCUCUGUACACAUCUAAUGUCUCUUUCUUUCCAUACCCCCUACCCACCACUCCAGGGCCAGCAUGGAAAGAAAUCAGCUGACAGAUCUGAGGGUUUUUUCCCAUCUCUUCCUCUACUUUAGAAAUGUUUCCUCUCACUGACUAAUUCAUCACCUUUCACUGUCAUCUUUAAACUCCUUCCUAGCAAUGCUUGCUACUUUGACCAAGGUGAAGCCUCUCACCUUCUUAAAAUGUGACUAUUCUAGUGGGAGAGUUGUAUGCCACUGAAUUCCUGUCAUCUAUUUGCAGCCGGUUUUACCUGUUUAUAGUACUCAGUGACUGAAAGUAAAAUUUUCAUUUCUGCCAUCAGCAACAUUAUUUUAUGACUGGUUUUUAUUUGUUCCAAAAUCACAUCACCAUCUGGCAAAGAGAGUCUGAGAAUGAAGUAGCUGCACCACAUUCCAUUAAGCAUAUUCACUUUCUUUUAUGUGUUCAAAUUUUCCCAAGAGAUGUCAAUACUAAAAUAAAUGUUUAGCAAAAGCCAACUUCUAUUUUCCUUAAGGCCACAAGAUGUCAGAAUUAACCCUCAGCCAGCCCUUUCCCUUGUACUUUUGUGGCAGCGAUACAAGGCCACAGGAAGCUUCCAAAGGAGGACACAAAAAUAGUGACCUGCAGCAGUUUUAGUCUCUUAGGGUUUCAAAGGUCCAUCUCAACAGGGGCAACAGGUCAGCACUCCUACAGAUUUCAGUUAUUAGCACAUCCAAGAAAAUUCUCAAAUUGGUUAUUAAAUAAUUUUAUUUUCAUUGGAUCAGCAUCUCAGAGAGGGAAAAAAAUAAUGCUUCUGUAUUUAGAGUACGUGAGAUAUUAUACUCACUCCAUUGCAACUCCUGCAUUGUCUGAUCUUUUGAAGCUCCAGCUACUUAAGAUAUGGGAUCGGUCACUUGAAUAAAGAAGGCUAAGGCAUCACUUGAUUCCCAUUAACUCUUUGAAGCACAGGGAACUGGCUUUCCACAAGUCUGCUUUGCAUGGUCGAUCUCAUUUAUACACUGGUAAGGAAGAUCUUUUCUUUUGCUCUGCUCUGCAGUGGAUCAGUGGGCUGGGCAGGUGUCACAUAAAAUAUCCUCAGUUCUAGUGAACUGAACCAUGUGUUGAGCAGCCCGAGUCCAGGGAGUUCUACUACAACAGCAUGAUUUGGCACAAUAUUCCUGAAAGGCUUCAGCUCAUCAACAACCCUGAUACCCCAUUUGACUAGUGCUAAUUAGCAGAAGCCUCCUGGAAAUGAUCUGUGCUGACUUAAUCCUAUAUGUGGAUGCCAACCCUAACUAAGAGCACUUCAUUUCAUGGGGAUUAAAUAGAUUCCACCUCCCUACAGAGUGCUUGGAAUGUGCUCAAUCUGAAGCUUCUUACUGACAUAUAUAAAUAGAGAUACAGAGAUAAAUAGAUAUUUUUAUGGAGAAGUUUUAUAAGUGGCCUUUACUUUGUGCAUGGUUAUUACUGCCAAACUCUUGUUAUUUAGGAGCUACAGAGUGGCUGGUUCUGCAGUUUAGAAAGCAACCAGCUGUCUCUGUCACAAGAGAGACCUGGGGUGGAUUUGAUUUUUAUUAUCCAGCUAUAAUUUGCAUGAUUUGGAUUUGGCUUUUGUCUAUUUUUUUUUUUUCUUUCCUCAUUGGUUCCUUGGCAAAGACAUAUUGGGCUCAAGCAGGAACUUAUUUCUGUCUUUGAGAGAUGGAUUGAAGCCCAUAUAACACUUCAGAAACACCUGCCUUGCACAGCCUGUGAUGUUGAUCAGUGUGAGGGCCUCAAAACAUAGUUUCUUUAGCAAGCUAUUGGGGUUUUCACAGUUUAGUGAGGUGCUCCUAUUUCGUUAGCUUUGCUUGGCAAGAUAGCAAGCUAGCAAUAGCUGGGCUAUGAGUAUAGCCUCGUGAGCAGGAAAAGGUGUCAGCAGAGACUAGGCCAUGAAUGAGAGUUCAGAAGUAGAUCCAUAAACAUAGCAGUAGCAAAAAAUUGUCAAAAUUGCUACCAAGGCAGGUCAUUUUGCAUCCCCUUUUCUUUUACUCCUUUGGUUUUUUUUAAAUACUCCAUUUGUAUGCCACAUCUGAGUAAUGCAUCAUUACCGGCCAGCCAGCUCCCAAUAACCUGGGCUCUUGGUUAGAGGUUGAAAUGCGGUUGUGCUUUCUUAGCAAUCUCGUUCCUGCUGCUGUGGAGUGGUCUGUAACUGGGAAAGGACCAGGGCCAGUAGCUAUCAGGAAAGCAAAGCCAGCCUCUCGCCCCUUCCCUCCAAACCAGGUUGAAAGCCAAUCCCAGGGUUAUGUGCCUACAAAGCUGGCCCCAUUUCCUGGCAGGUGAACCAAGACCUUGUUUGUUUGCAAUUAUUCUAGUCCACAGGUUUCUUUCUUGAGCACAGUUUUCCCAUGGGAAGCAUAACCAGGAUGUGACGGUUACCCUAUUUAAACAAAAAUGUGUAUAUUUAAAAAAAUCCUAAUCUGAAAGUAUAGUGUAUCUGAGAUUCCUCUGUUACAGACAUUUAGUCUACAGAUUUAUGGCUACAUUUGCUAUGUUAUGCUUGAAUAAACAUAUAAUUCAUUGAAAUACACAAGACUGAUAAAAGUAAUAUGAUCUCUUUAAGGAGAAUAAACUGUUUGUAAAUUUAUAAAGAGUAUAAUCUGUUAGGCCUUAUUUGAAGUAUGUACUGUGGUUUGGUAAAAGUACAGCAUUAAAAGAGCCUUGCCAGAUGA